AGUAAAAAUAACCGAGGCCCCACCAGUCCACGAAGCAAAAGGUUCUAGGCACCACUAUUUAUAACCGGGGGCGCUCUACCUCCCCGCACUCGGCUUCCCCUUCCUAGUGCUCCUUCCUAGCCUAAGCCAUGGACGCUCCAGCCCAACGAGCCAUGGCAGUGGACACAGGCAAUGCACCCACCACAUCUUGCUCUUCUUCGUCCUCUACAUCCUCCUCCUCGGUCGUCAAUGACGCGCCGCAAGAGGUUGUUCCCAAGAACUCCUGCAAAGGCACGAACAAGCGGAAGAGAGCCUCUUCGCCGGACUCCCAGGAACAGGAAGUAGAAGCCAACGGCAGCACCAACAAUGGGCACCACCAAGGCGAGGAGAGCAGCAGCUGCUGCUGCAGCACCGACGACACCGAGGCGAGCGUCGGCGACGACAAGGCCGAAGAGGCGGCAGCGGCCACCGCCACCAGAAGCAGCCGGAGCGGGUACAAGCACCCGUCGUACCGCGGGGUGCGGCGCCGGAGCUGGGGCAAGUGGGUCUCCGAGAUCCGGGAGCCCCGCAAGAAGUCGCGCAUCUGGCUGGGCACGUUCCCGACGGCGGAGAUGGCGGCGCGCGCGCACGACGUGGCGGCGCUGGCCAUCAAGGGCCGCGCCGCGCACCUCAACUUCCCGGACCGCGCCCACGAGCUGCCCCGGCCGGCGUCCACCUCCCCCGCGGACAUCCAGGCCGCGGCGGCGCAGGCUGCCGCGGGGGCCGCGGACGUGCAGUGCGACGCGCCGCCGUCCCCGUCGCCAUCACCGUCGCCGUCGUCGUCGGCCGAGCUGCUGCUGCCGUCGUCCCCCGCGGCCGACGCCGACGCGUCGCCGGAGCAGGCUGCUGCCGCAUGCUGCCUCUGCCCCGAGGCAACAAUGACGACGACGCACGGCGACGGCGGUGGCGGGCAGGGCCAGGGCCAGGGCCAGGAGAGCGCGCUGUUCGACCUGCCGGACCUCCUCCUGGACCUGAGGGACGGGCUGUGGUGGCCACCGGUGUGGCCGGCGGCGGCAAUGGCCGCCGAGGAGUACGACGGCUGCGACGUCGUCGGGAUGCACGAUGAGCCGCUCCUGUGGGCCGAGUAGUUACUCGAUCGCCUCUUUGCGUUUCUAGCAGCGAAGUAUAUGGGUCUUCUCCAUGAAAAAAAAAGAGAGGGAAAACCACCAGACACAUACUAGUAUGUUUACUAUUCUUAUAAAUUUUAGUACUCGUACGAGUAUUGCCUGUGCUUGAUUUGGGCAUGGAGCAGCUGCAUGCCCCGUGUGUUCUUUCUGUAUCAGCUGAGACGUCGACUGAUAGCAAGCAGUACGUCUGAUGCAUUUGCAAAUCGCAGUUAUUUUUUUUUUCUAUCUGGUAGUAGAUGCAUACUUGCAUUUCGCAUCGACAAUGAUAAUAUUGUAUUAAUUUAUUGUUGUUGAUCUUUGAUUUAAACAAAAACAGAAGGAAAAAAAAUAUAAUAGUUCGGCUGAGCUGUUA